AUGCUUCAGGAUGCCCAACAGCCCAGCAACCAGACCAGCCUUCCUCCCGCUUCAUUCACCCUGGUUGGCAUCCCUGGCCUGGAGGAAUACCAUAGCUGGAUGGCCAUUGCCUUCUGCCUGAUGUACCUCUUUGCGCUUCUGGGAAACCUCUCCCUGCUCUUCCUCAUUAGAAUGGAGCGCAGCCUCCAUGAGCCCAUGUAUCUCUUCCUGGCCAUGCUGGCAGUGGCUGACAUGACCUUAUCGUCCUCCACGGUGCCCAAAACCUUGAGUGUCCUCUGGUCCCAUUCCAAGGAAAUCUCCUUUGACGGCUGCCUCGCCCAGAUGUUCUUCACCCACAUUAGCUUCAUUGCAGAGUCCACAAUCCUGCUAGCCAUGGCGUUCGAUCGAUAUGUUGCCAUCUGCAGGCCGCUGCAAUAUACCUCCAUCCUCUCUCCCUCUGUUGUGGCAAAGACCGGCUUGGUGGCUCUUGCCAGGAGCUUUUGUGUCAUGUUCCCAACCAUCUUCCUCCUCAAGAGGCUGCCCUACUGCGGGCAAAGGGUGAUGCCCCACUCCUACUGUGAGCACAUGGGUAUUGCCCGCAUGGCCUGUGCAGAUAUCGCGGUCAACAUCUGGUACGGUUUCGUAACCACCCUUUUGUCUCCAGGCUUAGACAUUUUCCUCAUUGCUGCUUCCUACCUCCUGAUUCUUAGGGCUGUCUUCAGAUUUCCUUCCAAAGACACCCGUCUCAAGGCUCUGGGGACCUGUGGUUCUCACUUCUGCGUCAUCCUAAUGUUCUACACCCCAGCCUUCUUCUCCUUCUUUGCCCACCGGUUUGGCCACGGCAUCCCUCAGUCGGUCCUCAUCCUCCUGGCCAACCUCUACCAGCUCCUGCCCCCUAUGCUCAACCCUGUUGUCUACGCAGUAAAAACCAAGCAGAUUUGGGAAAGGCUCAGCAAGGCCUUUAGCAAGGGGGGCAGGGAUGCUUAG